UUAGCUCUUGACCAACCUGCCACGCAGAGUUCUGUAGUGGGAUACGGUGCACCAGGAGCAGCUGUCGAUGGAAAGUCUAAUGUACUUUAUCGCCACCGUAGCUGUUCACAUACAGACCUCCAGGAGGGCCCUUGGUGGAUGGUGGACUUGGAGUUUUCUGCUCUUGUUGGUCAAGUCUCUGUUGUUAGCAGGUCUUGUAGUGGUCUCUGUGGAGAAUACUUGAAAGCAUUUCGAAUUAUGAUAGGUACAGUAAACUCUAAUCUUACAAUUAACAAAUACCUAAUUUUUGAGAUAAAAGUUUGAGAAAUGCUCAUUUACAUAGAUAGCUAAGAGGAUAUUUCAUGGCCGCGCGGAGAUACGUAAUUUCUCUUCGAGUGUUGAAAAUAAAAUAAAAUUAUCUUGAAAAUAUUUUCAGCACAAUACAGUCCUCGUAAUACAACAAAAGAUGCUUUCUUCUUUAUUUGAAAAAUAAAGGUUUGAAAUUGACUACAAAAUCUUACAGGCAGUUGUAUAUUUGUAUCAAUCGGAAACAAUUAAGGCCCUGUUAUUUCAAGACGAAGAAAGAUUUAUAAUUAGACGAAAAGGCCACCUACCCUAGGCAUUUGGAAGCAUACAGUUUUUCAAUUUCCUGGUCUGUUAGGCUAUCCAAUGUCCUAGGCGUAUUUCCCAAUCUUUUGGCUUUUAGUUCUUUUUGCUUUGCUUUGAGAGUAGUCAUUGUAGUUUUAAGGUAUCAUCCAGGGUAAAAAAUCAUCAUUUUUCUAAAUUUGUAAUUUUUAGACGAUUAAAUAGAGCUCAUCAAGAGCUUUCUUUUAAGAAAAAUUCCAGAAAAAAUGUUUUUUCUUUGCAGACUUAUGGAGUGCAAAAGUUUUUUCUAUGCUAAUUAUUUUAAUUGAUCGUUGACAAGUCCUGUCAUACUUGAUACGCGUGCCGCAGUUGAACCAAGCUAAUCACGCAAUUUGACAGAAAUCGUGGUUUACAAGUAUAUUGCUCAGUGUUUUUCCGUGGAGUUUGAAAGUGAACGCCUCCAAAGUAGAAAAAAGAGCUUGUCCGUUUUCGUCCUCGACUUCAAGUCGACAAAAGAAGACGACAAACUCGUUUUGCCGCCAAAGAGUGGGCUUCGAAAUUAGCAGAGAGCGACAAGGGCUCCUACUACAAUCAACAAAAAUGGCUAAAAGAUGACAAAGCUCUUGAAAGACCCAUGGAAACUACCGCGGAAUCGAUUAGCGAGCGGAGCCAGCUUUUUAGGCCGCGAGGCAGCCAAGCGAGAGUCACGAGAGGUCCCUGCCAUAUAAAAAUCGGACGAAGUACUGUUUUGAAAGUCUAUUGUAGCGGGAAAGAAGCUUCAAGAAAAACUCCAGGAAGCGGUUUGUUGUUGAUUUUUCGAGUAAAAGUGGGCAAGGCUCAACUUGGCUUGUCCGGUGCGAAAAUGAAAACUGCCCGUUGCAAAUAACUAAUGAAGCUUUCUCGACAACAGAAAGGAUCGAAUAGAGCAGAACCUUUGAAAUAAAUUGUUCAUCUGUUGUCGGGUUUCGUUUUCACUUUUUCCUGCUGUGUCACUAUUGUUGUCCCCUCUCUGGUAUUCAUCAACUUUGACAGUUUUGGUGUUAUAAUCUGUUAUAAUCUCAUCACGGGUAAUACGCCGCCAAAAAUCUUUUUCCACUGUUUUCUCGAAAUGAAAAUCAGGGCAAGUUGAGGGUACGUUUUAAACUCCAUGUCGGUAACCCGUGAAUCAAUUUGGCUGAAACUUGGCCAACUUACUGUCAGAUAGGUUUUCUAAAAAACCGUGUCUGCGAAUUUUGAUUUCGUUUUUCGUUUUCGAGUUAGAGUAUUUUUUUCACAGGUAGUGCUAAUGAUUUGCUAUCCCUAACUUCACCUGCUUAUAACAACAGAACAAACGCACUUGACAAAAAUCUGAGACACUGUUUUUUAGUCAAACGCGUUAAGAAGCGAAUGCGUUCUUAAUUGGUUUCUUCCGUUAAUAUUUGGCUGGACUGGACUUAAAUUUACAGUGACACCCACUUUCACAAAAAGCUUCUCAUUUCUAAAUCGCGUUAAUAGUUUGAUUUUUCUAACGAAAUGAGCAAUAAUCUGGAACUAUUAAGCUUUUAGAAAAUGUACGGUUUAUGGGGGUAUUUGUUAAAAGCAAAAACGCUAGCGCCGAUCAACGCGAGGAGGUUGCUUGAGGGUGAUACCUUAAAUACACCGACGGUACAAAUUGUGAAACCGUAGUUCGGUUUGUUCUUUCUAGCGCCAAAGAUGGCGGUAAGGCAUAGGUAAUCGUUCAGAACGUGUGGUGAAAGCUCAUGAAGAGAUGUUGAACCAAGCAAGUCAGGGUUUGAUGUCUGAAUGAAAUUGUUAAAUAACUCGACGUCGUACGCGGUAUUCAUCGUUGUAUUCGUAUUUUCUUUUCCUUUUACGAAUUCGAUCAUAGCCUCAUCUGUGAUCUCGACAAACCUGCUUAAAAGACCAACACAAAAAUUCCGAAAAGACCAAAUCACAAGUGCUUGACAGCGUGCGGAAAUACUGUGAGCUGAUUGGUCAAAAAUGAUAUCACUCAUGUGGUUAUAGAAAUGAUAUCAUCACCGGCGGGAUAGCGCAUUUCUCGGUUUGCUACUUAUCGGUAUACCACUAAGUUUUAUGAUAUAUAGAUUUAGCCAGGGAUAAAAGCGAAGCUCUCGAUAAUAUUUAUAGUUUGCUCAAACAAAAUAUAAAAUCGUGUAACACAAUGCGUGGUUUUCACUUGCGCAUAAGCAUAAGGACAUACGCACGCGCAGAAUGACCUAUUUGAUUCAAUUCUCGAUACCAGCUCUCCUCAACCCGAUGAUAAACAAGAUGGUGCACGACGCGUCCGCUAUAUUGCUUUUGAUAUGUUUGCAUGAGGUCUGGGUCAAAGUGACCUAUGAUUGGUGCACGGCCUUGUGCUUAUUUAUGCUUGUGUUUAUGUCGACCCCAUUCUCACUACUCAAAGCUACGACAUAGGCAUAAGCACAAGAACUACGAAAAAACAACAAUAGGGCCAUUUAUACGAGGAAAAAUAAGACGCGUCUUAAAUGAGACGCGAACUUUCCGUAUAAACGGCACACUUCGUCUAGAAUAAGAUGCGACUUAGCUAAGACGCGUCUUAUUUUAGAACAGCUCUUAACACCUGUUCUUAGAUAAGACAAGAAAAACUUCAUUUAUACGAAGUUUUUCUCGUCUUAUCUAAGAACAGGUGUUAAGGGCUGUUCUAAAAUAAGACGCGUCUUAGCUAAGUAUAAAUGACCUUCGCGUCUUAUAUAAGACGCGAACGCAUAGUACGCAUGCGUUAAUUUUUGGCGGGAAAAUUAUCGCUUGCCCCGCGAUGAACUGGCAGGCUACUGGCGGGGAAAAGUUCUUUACAAAUACAACGCGUUUUCGUUUUCUUGUCUAUUUUGCUUUAUUUGUUUCUUGGCUCAAUUAUAAUGAGCUCGCUGUUAAAGGCAAAAAGAAACACUUGAGUCUAGAACAGAAAUAAGACGCAAACCAUAUACACGAGGUGUUUUCGUCUUAGCUAAGACAUGCUCGUAUGAAUGGUCCAGUUUGCGUCUUAUUAAAGACGCGUCUUAUUUUUCCUCGUAUAAAUGGCCCUAAUAGGUCUUAUUAGAAAAAAAGCAACUUUGCACGUGCAGCACACAGUUUUUUGUACAUUUAUUUGCCGUUGUUUUGCAAGACUACCUUAUUAUAGGAAAUUAACGCUCCAUGAAAUUAGCGCAAAUCGUUAAAAUUCUCGUUAAUUUAAUUUGCGUUAAUUUUGUUGCGCGUUAAUUUCCGCGACGUUAAUUAAGUGCGGCGUUAAUUUCCGCGCUCUUAAUUUCCAGUAUUUUAACCCCAAUUUUGGAACCUGUUCAGACAUUCUUGACACCUAAAAAACAUUAACUACAAGCUUUCUUUCUUUCCAUUACCCUUUAUUUUUCAUCUUUCACAAAAGCUAAGGAGAAGGUUUACAAUAUUUCGAGUUCAUCUUCAUCGUUGUCGCUGUCAGAAGUGAUGUCAGCUCAGUUUUGAAUUUUUUGUGUACAGUGCUGAAAUAAAUUUGUUCCAGUUGUCACCACCGUGUCUUAAUUGCGUUAAUUUCCAUUAUUAUGAAAUUCCACCUCCUCUUUCGUGUUAAUUUUCUUUAUUCGAAAGUCGUUUUCCAUUAAAUUGGCGUUAAUUUAAGUUGUGUUAAUUUCCAAUACCUUAAUUUCAUGGAGCGUUCAUUUCCUAUAGUAAGGUACAUCGUGAAACUUCUAGAAACUUCCUAAUUACACGUUUUAUGGAGGAAAUGUCGUACGUGUUCUUGUUCACUUUGUUUUGUCACUGCCGCUCAUUUUCACCUUGGUCGCCGCUGGCAUUUCUCAUUUUCUCCUCGCCGCUACAAAAUUUUCAUGUUGUUCUUCCGACAAAAAAAAUGUCUUCUUUGUUUCUUAUCUCUCGCUGUAGCACUCUGUCACUCUUUUUCUCGUGGAGCUUCACUUGCCUGUCGCCUACUUUCUCUUUUUCGGCUCUGUCUUUCUCUUUCUCUAUAUUCCAAAUUUGUGGACAUGACAAUUGAUCUAAGCUUAAUACUUUAGGCAAUACGGAUGCGGAACCAAUUUGCGCUUUCCUUUUUCGUCGUGACUCCUUAGUUGUCUCUGCUUCACAAGACGCGGGUGACUAUGCGAUUUUCCGCCAAUAACCUCGAGCUGCACUUGGGUUGCCAACAACAAACAACAACAACAACACACUUUACUAAGAAACAGAUUGAGUUAUUUUCAUUGCCCCUGUACUCUGGAACGGUUUGCCUAUUGACAGUAGAUCGAUCGAUGAUGUAAAUAGAUUUAAAUCUAAAUUGAAGACCUUUCUUUUUAAGCGAGUUUACAAACUAUCUUAGGUUUUUUAUUUUGUACCUUUGAGACUAUGUAUAUAGAUAUGUAAAUGAUUCUAGGGUUUCUAAUUUUUAUCCAGACCUUUUGAAGCAUUGUAAAGCGCUUAGCACUGAAACGUAUAGGCGCUAUAUAAAUAUAUUAUAUUAUUAUUAUUACAUUGGUAUGCCUGUGGUGCGGACGGACGGCGGGUGGACGGCCUUUCGGUCACGUGAUUACCAAAGUAUCUCGGAUGGGUAGAUUACCACAUUUUCUUAGGUAUAGAGCUACCACUAGUGGAAUUCCGCUGUUAUAAAAAGUAAUGCCCUAAGUUAUCAAUAGCAAUUCCACGAAUAAAAAUUUUCUCUAUCGUGUUUGUAGGUGAUAAUGACCAAAAUGGAGGUGUUACAAAUCCGAGUUGUGGAGGAGAACAUAGUAUAAACCCAGGAGCAAAAAAGUCAUUUUACUGUUUGCCUCGACUUCUUGGACGAUAUGUCACUAUACAGAUUCCUGGUAAAGACAAGGUUCUACAACUUUGUGAGGUGGAAGUAUACUCCUCGACCUCAGGAACACUAAGUACAGGUAUCUCAGUUUUACAAGUUUAUUGAAGUUGGGUUAAUCAUGAUCUAUCCUUUGACAUAUUAUGCUCCGCCAUAUUAGAACAAGUUUGUUUUUACUGUUUCACUUAAUAGGAUAUUUCGCUGGGAGAUCAUCCGAAACCAUGAGGUGUUUUGAGAGAUCGUCUGCUACGUGCUUCCAGUUUUCGUCUUGUCUUUCAGUUGAAUUGCCUUGUUUCAAACCGAACAUGGCUAGGUACUAGUCCGUCCAUUAUGGGAUAAACAACACGAGACCCACAUAGUCAGAAAGAACACAUUGAGGUUAGAAAACAUCUCAUUUUUGGUGUCAGUCGGCCCAAUAUUGAACAUGAUACAGCUAAUUAAACACUUGAAAUUUAUGAAAGGAGUUAUCAGACACACCGUCUGGACGUCGAUAUUCCUUAAAUUUUGGAGUUUUUGAAUCGCUGCAUCUUGUUCAAUAUAGGCCUGAUAAACACCAAACUUAAGAGUGUUCCUAAAUUCAAUGUGCUCUUUCUGACUACGUGGUUAUCGUGUGGUUUGAUCCCAUAAUAAACAGACUCGACCCAGCCCCCCUCGGUUUGAGAUUAGGCAGUGAUUUCAUUCCCGGUUCCGUAUGCUCACCCCGUCGCUCCUGGGAUUCAGCAUGUUCCAACCCAUGUUUAUUCUUUGUCCUUCUAGGAAUAGAGUAAGCUAUUCAAAGUGGGGCAGAGCUGCAAAUACUGUAUAUGGUGGCCAUUGGACAAUGCCUAAAUGAGACUUAGCCAUGUCCGACGCAACCAUAACUGCGGUCUCACAUGAUGACCAGACAGACUAAUGGCUCAGUCUAUUCCAAGCGUCCCAUCCCCCUCCCGGGCAUUUGUCGGGCGUCUGUCAUCUUGUCGGUUCCGGUGGUGGGGGAUUUGUCAGAAAACCUCUACCCAUGGGUGGCCGGUGGGGCAUUUGUCAAUUCUUUUAGACGAGAUUGAUAUCGUUCCUUUUUUAAUAUCUCUUUUACAAAUAUGCCUAUGUAAAUAGCUAAAGAAUAUUUUAAUACUUAUGCUUUAAAAAGACACGGCAUCCACGACCCUACCCCACUGUAUUUUUUUGCAUCCGUCUAAGAAAUAUUGCUUCCCGCCUACGCGAUCAGUUUGCACAUGGAACAAAAACAAUCAGUGCAUCGUUUGAAGAAUUUAAAGGGAACGGCACUGUCUUUGUGAGCGAAUGGUUGAGGCAGAAAGGCCUAUAAAAACUCUGCGAGAUACUUGAAAACUGAUGACUUCGUGUUGUGUGUGAUCAAUGCGACACGUUGGAGUUUUUGACGGAUCAACAGUUCUAUUGUGUUGUUUUGAUUGGCGGACAUACCCUGGCAGAUAUCACAGGAGGAGUCCAAGAAUAUUCUUUUUUCCUUACCUUUCUUUCUUUUUUUUUCAAAAAGACUACCUCUGAUUUUGUUUAUUGCCACCCAAACUGCAUUUUUGCAGGAGUCACUUCUUUUAAAUAUGCGUAAUGCCUUGUUCUAGGAUGCAACUAUAACCCGGUUGGACUAGAAGAUAGCUCUAAAAUUCCCGACAACCAGUUCACUGCCUCGUCAUCUGCAGAUAACAAAUUCCCAUCAAUGGGCCGCCUAAAAGGAGCAGCGUCAUGGCUACCCAAAAACACGCUUAGUGACGAUGACUUUUUGCAAAUUGACCUGGGAUCUACUUACUCUCUAUGCGGUGUAGCCACGCAAGGUUCUCCAAUAGCGAAUGAGUGGACAAAAACGUACAAGAUUAUGACAUCGUUGGAUAAUUUAACUUGGACAGCAUAUGCUGAGAACAACAGCGUGAAGGUUUUAGUUCUUCAAUAAAUAUUCAUAUCUUAUUAAACGCUGUAGUAUGUAGUAUCGUAAGGUGUUUGUCACGUGGUUGGCAAGCUCGUAGGGAGAGUCAAGGAGGCGAACAAAAAUAUCUCAGGACACUACAAACUAAACAGUCCAAUCAUAAGAGAUUUUUUAAUCAACUUACAUGAGAGGUUACAGAUUGUAAUGAUAAUGUUGCGAGCAGAUUUUGGGCAGUAGAACAUAAUGGAAGCAGUAAAUGUAUAAAGAGAUUUUGAUAAUUUCAUAAAUUUAUCUAUCGGGUCAAUUUCCAUCAUUUUAGAAUUAUAUAAUAUUACAACUUCGUUGUAUUUGUGAAGUGAAAAAUGCAAAUAUUUCGAACAGUAAAUGUGCUGAGGGUAGUGGUGGAUCCAGACUGGAAGGAUAGAGGGUUGUGGGUCAGUAAUAAUUAACUAGAGAGCCCGGUCUUGCAAAUAGUUUUUGUUGGUCCUGCAGGGCUUGUUUUGGUGUGUGAGUGUUUUUUUUGGGGGGGGGGGGGGGGGAUGAGAUUGAUGUUGGCUUCCCCUGGAUACACCUCUGGAAAUAUGGAUACAAUCACAUUUUUUUGGGAUCAAACGUCAAAAACAAUAAUGGUAUAGAUGUUUUUUCUGCUUAGUGCGUGGAUUAAAGUUCCAAGGGACUUUUGAUAUGUUAAACUUGUCGGAUGCCGAUUCCGGUUACUGAAGACAACGGAAAAUAACAGUUAUUGUGAGACUUCGAGAGUAAAAUUGCCUUGAUACAAGCUUAUUCUGGUAUGAGACUUGGAGAGUGAAAUUGCCUUGAUACAAGCUUAAUCUGGCAUGCGUGUGAAUUGAAGGGAGAUUUUGAUUGCAGAUCGGAAGUCACUUGAAGCUUUUUACCAUACAUUAUUAAAACUAUGACCUUUUCUUUCAAUAUGACAUUCUACUUUCGAUUAUUUUUCUAGCAAUUACACGUACAGAACGAUAUAGUAAAUUUAAGAUGUAAAGUCAACCCAAGGAAAUUAGAAACGGAUAUGAUGUCCUUGCAACAGCUCAACAACAAAUAAGUCAAAUAGAAAAAACUAUAAUUUUAAAUAACUGACAUCGUGAAUGGAUACAGACACAGUUUUUUUGGAAUUUGACGCUAAGAAUAACCGAAACAGUAACAGAAACUUUGAACAUCAAGGUAACUUAAUGAAAAUAGGCUGAGUUGGCUGAGAGAGAGAUUAGUAUUGUCUUCUUACUGUAAAUGGCUGUAAACACGUCUCGUAGAGUUGAUUUUUUUUUUUGCAUUAAUCUGAUUACGUUGGAGGCGGUCCGUUGUUCAAUUGGCAAAACUCUGAGCACGUAACGACGCUGAAAAACUCAUAAAAGAACACUGUCUUCCCCGUGAAAUGUCACUAAUUCGUUCGAGACCUUGAUGAAUGAUUUCAGCAACAAUAAGUUUGAAUUUGGCAUGAUACAUUUGCAAAUCGGAAACACCCUCACCUUGACAUCGAAGAAGCAAAGCGAGAGAAGAGAGCACGUGCUAUGGACGGCAAAAGACGCACCCAGAUCCAGGCGCAUCUAAGUUAUGAUGACACUGCUGGAAGUACGCUUGCUCAAAAUCAUCGUGACACACAAAAAUCGAGACUGUUAACAUAAGAUAAGGUAGAGGACCCAAGAAACCACAGGCAUACGAAAGAUUAGUGUGCCUGCUCGCCUGGGGGCUCGCAGCAACAAGCACGAAUAUUAUAGUGAGAAUGCAUAACAAACUGAAAAUUAUCGGGGGUGGGGGGUGGGGGGCUGGGUUUAAUUCAGCUUUAGGGGAAACACAAUGUUAAAUAGAUGACACACAGUGAAAGAAUAUAAAGAGUCAUGCAAAGAAUACCGAUGAACAUGAACUUUUAAAAGACCGUCUAGCAGGUAGAGAAAUUAUUUUAAAAUGAAAUUAGAAGAUUUUUUCGCUCGAGAAAUCAUCAAAAACAAUCUAUUUGAAGAAAGGACGCCACGCAAAGAAAAAGUUACAAGUUAAAUUUGUAAUUCCUUGAAUAUAAUCAAUGCCCAUAUCAUGUUUCGUUGUAUUAGAUUUAGCGACACUCUUCACGAGCAAUUUCUUCCCUCUUGUACGGUUAUUAAGUUCCUUAACAGAUAGCAUCAUCGUGUAUACAGUUAAACGCUUAUAAUAAUGCGCAUUGUAUUGUCACAACUAAACUUUACCAACCAGUGUUAUUUUGGCUGCUUUUUAUAAAACAAGAGAAAUACAUUAUUUAGCAAUAUUGGUGACCUAAAACAAUGAGACAUCGGCCAUAUCAUGUUGGUGUCCCAAACUAAUCCUGUGAGAGUGUAUCCUUAUUUUAUGUAAAACUCUCUUUUGCUCCAAUACGUUUGCAUAGCUAGCUGCCGGCAACGUGAGUGAAAACGCUCUAUAGAAAUGAAGACUACUCUGGAAACAAUUUUUGAAGCUGUUUAAAGACUCUCAGAAAGUGUUUACUUUUUAUUGCAAUCCGUGCUCGAAAUUUCAACAUAAAACACUAAUGCUUGUGUUUAACACUAAACGUUAUUUUUUUUCUAUGUUUAUAUUUUUUAGAUCUUCAAGGGCAAUGACGACAGAUCAUCGCUUAUUAAAAACGACCUUUAUCAUUCAACUCUGGCAAAAUUCAUUCGCGUAUACCCUUUGUUGUAUGAAACUCAUAAGGCAUUAAGAGUUGAAGUUUACGGCUACGCUAGAGGUAGGAUGUGA